GCAAAAAUGUAUAUAUUGUGAUAUAUAAUGUGUAUAUUGUAUUGAGAUGAUAAAUAAAGUGUAAUUCUUGGGAAAGAGUUGUUACUGUAUUGCUUGUUCGUUUUAAGGGAGAGUCAUUGAAAAUUUUUUUCACGGAUUAUUAAAGUAACACUUUUCUGUAGGAAAUUUAGAAGAAUACAGGAGGGAAUAAAAAUCAACCAUAAUCCCACUACCAUAUUAUAUAUAACAGAAUUGGGACCGUACUCAUACUGCAACUUAUUUUUUUCUCGCUUGAUACUAACAUAGGAACUUAGGUUUAGAAAAUAAAUUGUCGUUUACCAUGGUGUCAGAAUUUUUUUCAACCAUCCUAAUAUUUUUCUGAGGCGAAAUCUGAGGCCCUUAAAGGAAUGAAUGACCUCGGCUUUAGGCAUACCUUUAAAUUUUGAACAGUUUUAAAGUGCUGCAUUUUAAAUGAGACACCAGCACUCAGGCGAGCCCGACAUUCAGCGGGUUUCGACUCCAGAGAGGACGGAGCUCCAGGCCGGCCGGGGUCCUCGAGCCUGGCCGCUGGCCUCUCAGCCCAGCCUGGCUGCAGUGCCCCCUGGUGGCGGAGGCAAGGGCGGCCAAGCACGAGGCUGAGGGUCAGAUCCACCGCCGAACCCUUCUCUCUUCCGAGAAAUCCUUUUACUCGCUUUGGGAGCCGCUUUCUUCGCAUUUGCCUGUCUGACCCUUUGCCGCACACGCCGACUUUGAGCACAGAAUUGCGCCGCUAGAGCGCCCUGGCGCUGCAGACGACCGCCAGGUGUCCCCGAGGCGGGGCGAAGCUCAGCCCCGGCGCCUGGGGCUGGUUUCCGCGCCCCGCUCCCUCGUUACCCCGUCUGGGGAGUUUGAGAAGUUUUGAACUUCCGGGUUGGCUCUCCCGGGUUUGCGGUGUGGUGGCCAGCCGAAGGGCGUCGCUGUGCCCAGUGUUUGGGCGUGUCCCUUUAAACUUUUUUGUUCUUUAAACUUCGGGGGUGUAGUCACGGCCCUCCUCUCUCCGCGAGUUGCUCCCUGGCCACCCGGUCCUUCCCUCCGCCCCGCCGUCCAGAUGCUGUGGAUCAUGAGCCUGAAGGGCGCAGGGACCCCUCUGGUGACCGAGGUGAUCAAAGAUCGCCUUUGUUUUGCCAUUCUCUACAGCAGACCAAAGAGUUCAUCAAAUGUACAUUAUUUCAGCAUAGAUAAUGAACUUGAAUAUGAAAACUUCUACGCAGAUUUUGGACCACUCAAUCUAGCAAUGGUUUACAGAUAUUGCUGCAAGAUUAAUAAGAAAUUAAAGUCCAUUACAAUGAUGAGGAAGAAAAUUAUUCAUUUUACUGGCCCUGAUCAGAGAAAACAGGCAAAUGCUGCUUUCCUUGUUGGAUGUUAUAUGGUUAUAUAUUUGGGGAAAACUCCAGAAGAAGCAUAUAGAAUAUUAAUGUUUGGAGAUACAUCCUAUAUUCCUUUCAGAGAUGCUGCCUAUGGGAGUUGCAAUUUCUACAUUACACUUCUUGACUGUUUUUAUGCAGUAAAGAAGGCAAUGCAGUAUGGCUUCCUUAAUUUCAACUCAUUUAACCUCGAUGAAUAUGAAUACUAUGAAAAAGCAGAAAAUGGAGAUUUAAAUUGGAUAAUACCAGACCGAUUUCUUGCCUUCUGUGGACCUCAUUCAAGAACCAGACUUGAAAGUGGUUACCACCAACAUUCUCCUGAGGCUUAUAUUCCGUAUUUUAAGAAUCACAACGUUACCACCAUUAUUCGUCUGAAUAAAAGGAUGUAUGAUGCCAAACGCUUUACGAACGCUGGUUUCGAUCACUAUGAUCUUUUCUUUGCGGAUGGCAGCACGCCUACUGAUGCCAUUGUUAAAGAAUUUCUGGAUGUUUGUGAAAAUGCAGAGGGUGCCAUUGCAGUACACUGUAAAGCUGGCCUUGGACGAACAGGCACUUUGAUAGCCUGCUACAUCAUGAAGCAUUACAGGAUGACAGCAACCGAGGCCAUUGCUUGGGUCAGAAUCUGCAGACCUGGCUCAGUGAUUGGACCUCAGCAACAAUUUUUGAUGAUGAAACAGGCAAGCCUCUGGAUGGAAGGUGACUAUUUUCGUCAAAAGUUAAAGGGUCAGGAGAAUGGAAAACACAGAGCAGCUGUCUCAAAACUCCUCUUGGCUGUUGAUGACAUUUCAAUCAAUGGGGUCGAGAAUGAAGACAAGCAAGAACAUGAACUGUACAGUGAUGAUGACGAAAUCAAUGCAGUGACACAAGGUGAUAGACUUCGGGCCCUGAAAAGCAGAAGACAAUCAAAAACAAACGCUAUUCCCCUCACAUGUUCCCUAGCUGUGCUGACCUCUGCACUGUGUAGUGUUGUCAUCUGGUGGAUUGUUUGUGCCUACAUUCUCCCCAUCCUGCUAUUCUGUCUCGAUGGUUUAAGAACACAGUAGCCAUCAGGACCCUUGACAGAUAGCUGCUGUGUAAGUGUCCCAUUCCACUUCUCUACUAGCGCUCACCUCUGGUGUCCAGUGUGUUUCUCAUGAUGCAUGUUUUUCUCACUAUCAGUUCUUCUAGCUUUGUUGAUUUGCCUUUUUUCAAAGGUUCUUAUUCUGAAUCUUUGCACUUCAUGGGUUGGUGGCAGGGAAGGAAGUCUUCUCUGUUACUUUCAUACCAGGGAUAUUAAAAGUAACACGCUUCGUUUAAGAUGUGCUUACUCUUAACAGAUUUUUCUUGUCAAAAAUGUAUAGUUAGUUUGGGGUAAUUGGGGUGGUUUUCUUUCAAUCAGUUGUCUGUACAACUUUCCUCUGGUUUUCUAGAGUAAAUAUUGUUAAUAUAUCCUUUCCAAUCUAGCAAAAAGAAUUUUCCCGCUGGUUUUCUGCUGUUAGUAAAGACUUUAUUUUGUAGCCAUGAGGUCUAGUGAGCGUUGCAUCCUUUUUCACCUCUGAUUCUGCCAUUGUACACGGUGCUCUCUCAGCAGGCACCUGCUUCCCUAAUAAAUAUUCUGUCUUGAGUAUGCAGAAUUUUCUCCACUACCUCGUUUCACUUCCUCCCCUUUAGGGAAUACAGUUAAGUAUAGUUUUCAACACUUGGUGUUGAAUGAAAAUAGGAAAGCAGAGAAAACUGGAGUCCUUUGUUUAUGUUUGUGUUUCCACAUGACAGUCACUGUGCUCCUUUUUCCUUCCCACUUUCCUCCUUUCCCAAAAGUAACCAGAAUGCUUUUAUUAGGUUAAUAGAGGCAGAAUUUGUAUUCUCUUGAUAUCUUUCAUCAUUAAAUGAAUACCUUCACAGUGAAGAGACUCCUUUUCUGCAGAAGAAUGUGACAAGAAGCUUUCCCGGGAACAUCAUGUUAAGACCAAGAGCACAGAAAGGAGGGUGUAUCCUGUGAGACUGUGGUUCACCAUUACCCUCUUAUGUCUAGGCUGCAUUCUUUUUUCCUCUGAAACAUUUUCUUUAGCUCAAAUUUUAAGAAUUUCUUGUCUUGUUCCAACUUGGACUUGGGGGUUAUAAAGGAAUACAAAAGUGCCUUCUAGGAACUCCUCCAAAGUAAAAUUCCAUUGCAACCAACUCUAGUACUUUGUGGUUCAGUGACUGUUUUCAAAUGGCUAGAAAAGAUUUAAAAAACUAGCAGAUGCCAUUCUUUUCAAAAUCAAGGAAAAGCUGCUUAACAUGAACCUAUAUAUGACAUUUAAAAAAAGUCUUAUUAAUAACAAGCUUACUACAUAGGCACAUAUACUAUGUUUCUGAUACGGAUUAUCCCUUUAGGUGUUUUGUUCCUUUACUUCUCUUACCGAGCCUAGAUUUCACACAUUUGGACUCAGGGCCAUCACACACUGCAUAGAUUUAUCCUUCUCAAGCUAUUCCGAGUGGCAAUUUCAAACAGGUGGAGUCAUUGCUAAUAAUGUUUAGGCGCUUCAUGAUUGUAUUAUUUCUUGCAGGGUAAGUUUAAAAAAUGGUCUCUAUCAGGCUCUUUUCUUUUGAAUAUUCUAUGUAAGACAUAACGUUUUUUGUUAUUACUGACAUUUGCCAUUGUAUCUCUAGCCCAAAGCAGAGUAUUCACUUUAGCCUGCCCUGAUUAAUUUGGAAUUUACAGAAACAAAAGCUUUCAACAAUAACAAUAAUGUGAACAGAUAUAAUCCUUAUAAUUAUCCUUUGAGGUGACUACUCAUGGGCACUGAUAGGUUGUUUCCUGGCAUGCCUGGAGAGCUUCCCUAUAACAGCACUUCACACGCUGCUUCAGACCUUUUAGACAGUGGGAAAAGCAUCUCUGCAGGUUGCAGGGCCUCAGGCCCAUCAUUUUGCAGGCUCUUUUUGUAUCAGUGGUGGACAACCAGUGUAAAUAGUGCAUGGCUGCGCUGAUGGAUUCUCUUCUUGGAAUGAACAUUUAUUUUCAAAGUACUUUGUGACUUGAUAGGUGAGAGACCUGGCUUUUCAAUUUUUUGCUGUGCCUCAAGUUGCAGAUAUCCUUGUAUCCAAAAUCGGAAAAUAUUGGGCCUCAAAAGAUACUGCAGAGAAGAAAACGAACUCUAGUAUGGGCAAGAGAUAGAAGGUAGGACUGAGGGUUCUAUCAGGAAAAGAUGGAAAGGAGAAACGACAUUUGCUAAAUGUUGUCCUGCAGAGCCGUGUGAUUGGCCUAGUGUGCAAGGUAGGGGGUAGUGAGUUCCCACAUCCCUGUGGCAGAGUGAAUACUUCACACGUUUACUAGCUUCACCCACCUUAGGGUGUUAACUUGUAGGAUAUCUCAGGUAAUAACUAAGUGUAGUUGCUGUGUUUCCUUCCCACUUUAUUGAUGCAUAACCUACAGAUGUAAUAACUGCUCUGUUUUUAAUGUAAAUAACUGGUGACCUGAAUCAGUCACCAGUUUGCAUUCCAAAUUUCUAGCAUGCUCUCAUUUUCAAAAUUGCACGUAAAUUAUUAGCUAUUAAUAGUAUAUUACUUCCCAUGAAUUGUUUAUACUAAUUUUAUAGAGAAAUAAGUACUUUUAAAAAGAUGUUUCCUAUCAGCCUAAAAUAUGAUUUAGCAGUAAUUUCUUGUUUUGAAUAGUAUUUAAACAUAAUAGCUAACUUAAGAAAUCAGGAGGUAAAUUUCCUAAGCAGGCAGUGUAUAUUGGCUCUUGUUUUUUCCCUCAUAUUAAUGAUUUUACAGUGUGAUGGUUGAUACUUUUGACCAUAAGUGGCCUCAAAUUAUUUGAAAAGUAGUUGUUGUAUUUCAAAAAAAAGCCAACAGGAGUCUCAUUUUCUCCAUUUGUAAAAAAUGGAGAUAAAACUCAUGAACCUCACUGAGUGGGUGAGAGGCCUCGGGACAGUAGAGGCAGCACCAAGCCCUGGGCCUGGGCCUUAGAAAUAGCAAUGGAAGCAUUGCAGUUUGUUUCCGUUUUGUUUUGUUUUUUUUAAUGAAAAAUUCUAGAUUCACAUUCUUAACAAAGACAACUAAAUAUUUCCUCUUCACUUUAUACAAUCAGAAAGAAUUUAAAAAUAAAUCCUUGUUUUCAAGGAGAGAAUUUAUAUGCCAAGGGCAGUUGGUACCCUCUUCGAUAAUAUAAUUAUGUCUGCAUAUACAUUUUCUAUUUUGUUAAAACAGUCAGCAUUUAGGGUGAUAAAACUUUAUCAGAAAUCCUGAAUCAAGCAUUGGCUCAUUUACCCAGGAUCAGUUUCCCUCAGUGAGAUUGAAGGCCUGAUUCAUAAGGCUUUCAGAAAUGUUUCUUGGAUAAAGAGAAACAGCUAGGCUAGGAGUUCCCCUCCCUCAGCAUUCUACUCCUCUCCCCCAAAUGGCUCGAAAACUACUGGCCUCCAGACUUCUGCUCUGGUGCAGUACAACCCAUUGUUUUUUUAAUGAUGAGAAGUUAGUAUUUUACUAAAUGUUGAAUAUCCCAUGGUUUGAGUAAUAUUAAGAUUAUAAGAAUUUACUACAUUUUAAGGACCUGGCUUUGGUUAUUAACUAAUGUGGUGUUAACACAGGCAUAGGAGGUAGGACUGGCUGCUAGUUGGUUGUAAUGCUUUCUUUUUAUGCAUGAGCUGGGUUCUCAUAAGUUGUUGUUGGCUAUCUCACCCUUAUGUUUGGAUAUGAGAGGAGAAAGCUUUUUAAAGUAUUUUCUCUCACAGAUAAAUGAAAGUUGAGUAUAUGUAGAUGUGUAUGUAUGCAGUUCAGUGUUUUAGUCAUUAUCUCUUGAAGAAAAGAAUUGCUUGUAAAAUUUUUUGGUGUUUUCUGCUGUUGUCCCUCUGACAAUUCAGUGAGGAAUUUUAAAACACCCUCUACUUAUGAACAGGUAUUCUGUGUGGGCUUUAUCUGAGGGUGUUCUUUCUGAUUCAUGAGUUUGCCUCCUGGGCAGUCUACUCCCAUAGGUACUCAGUUCUUGGAGAUGUAGAGAGUUUAAUUAAAUCAAGUUUCACAAAAUUUAAACAGCUUCACUUUAAUCGUACUGGGUGACUUUGUGAGUGGUUGUAAGCCAGCCCAAAAAAUUCUGUUUGAACAUACUUUUAAAAUUUGAAAUGUUAUAAAAAAUUACUGUUGAUUUGAUGUCAAUUGCUUGUACUUCCAGCUCUGAAGAGUGAAUACUGUAUAUAUAUUUAUAUUCGUAUUCUUUAGAAUUUGGGGUUUUUAAAUGAUUUCUUGUUUUCAUGACUAGAAUUCUGAGAAUUUAUUUUUACUUUGGGGCACAAAAAUUUGUCUUACUGAUUGAUUUCUUUGGUGUGGGAAUUGCUUGACAUGCCAGGUCAUUUCAUUUUCCAAAAGCAAAGUUCUUUGGUUAUCUUUGUGUAAACCUUCAUAGGGAAAUGAGAUGCUUUAUUUCAAAAGACCUUGAUGUAAAAGUGUGUUUCAGAUUUUUUUCUGGCAAAUGUGCUUAUGGAAAAUCCUGUCCGUUCUCAAGAAAAUAAUUUGCACUAAAGUGCAAAAAUGCCUUCCUCUGUCAAGUAUUUGCAAAUCGCUUCAGUGAGUAUAAUGUUAUCUUUUUCCAACUGU